AUGUCGGAUUCCAUGGAGACCCCACGACAUCGUCGUCGCGAUCGCUGGACAAGAGAGAACUUCCUUGAAUCGGUCGAGAACCCUGAAGAGCGACGGCGUGAUUACAAUGUCGAGGCAGAAGAUGACAAUACAGGAUUAACCGAGGUAGUCAUCCCGCCUCCUGCUCGGCCAGAAGAUUUCAGGCGGCCUUCACUGGAAGACAUAGAGCGGAGGGUGAGCAGACAAAGGCAUCGCAGUGAAGGUGCCCUUGGGGAGCUUGCUGUUCCCCAGCCCAUAAGUUCACGUGAGAAGCCAUCCGAUGAAGAGACGGCAGUCGAAUCCCCUCGUCGACGAAGUCUAGAAGAUCAGCAGAAGUUAUCCGUCACGAGUCCUGUCGAAUAUCAGCCAUCGCCUAUUGCGACCGAGCUUUACACAGUCUCAUCGCUGGUCUUCUUCUCGUUAAUGGGCACACUGGCACGGUUGGGAGUUGAGGCGAUCACCCUCUAUCCCAGUUCUCCAUUUCCUUCUCGAGUCCUCUGGGCAAAUUUGGGAGGCUCGUUCUUCAUGGGCUUUCUGGCCGAGGAUCGACGGCUUUUCCGACAAGAAUGGGGUGCACCGGAUCCCAAAGCACCAGCAUCAAAUCAUGCGAAGGUCAAGAAAACCAUACCGCUCUACAUUGGCCUGGCUACCGGAUUUUGUGGUAGCUUCACGUCAUUCUCUUCCUUCAUUCGGGAUUGCUUUCUAGCCUUGACGAACGCGCUCGAAUCACCUUCGCCGACACGGCCAUACCAAGUCGAUCCAACAAUCGCCACAAGGAGUGGUGGAUUUUCAUUUCUCGCACUUUUGGCCAUCUUGAUCAUACACCCGGCCGUUUCAAUGGCGGCUCUGCAGGUGGGAGCCCAGCUGGCCCUAGUGCUUCAGCCGGUAACACCCACGAUACCGUUCAGAUUUGCUCGCAAAGUGCUUGAUCCGUUGAUGGUCUUUGUUGGAUUUGGGUGCUGGAUUGGGGCCGUGUUCCUGGCAAUAUGGCCCCCUGGAAAUGACACGCACUGGCGAUUCCGCGCAGUGCUCCCACUGAUUUUCGCGCCGCCAGGCUGUCUUCUUCGCUUCUACGCAUCGAAACAUCUGAACGCGGUGAUCCCAGCAUUCCCUUUGGGGACAUUUGUAGUCAACAUCUUCGGGACGGCAGUGCUGGGGAUGGCGUUCGACCUGCAGCACGCAAGCGACAUUGGCGCAUCGAAUCCGAACGCAUGCUCGGUUUUACAAGGGAUCAUGGAAGGCUUUUGCGGUUGUCUGACAACGGUUAGCACCUGGGUGGCCGAGAUGAACGGACUCCGGCGACGACAUGGUUGGAUCUACGGCUUGACGAGCGCAGGUGUAGCUCUGGGUUUUACCGUGGUUAUCAUGGGGAGUAUGGGAUGGACAGUGGGAUUUCGGACCCCGGCGUGCAGUUGA